AUGAGGAUUCAAACCCAAAAUCUCCGUUUUAUACUAUCUUUUGUACUCCUGACCUUCAGCACUUGUCAGGAGACCGAGACCAUACCAUUUCCCAUAACAACAACCUUAACGAGGGGAGCAACUCCCGUAACGCUUACCCUAGCAGGACCAGCAUAUGUAACAUCAUACAUCGUCAGCUCGGCGGAAACCACCUUAGGACCAGCAACGGCUCCACCUUUUGUUACUGCGGCCACAAACGUUGUCUUUGCCAACGAAUUAACUACCCUGACGGUUUUCUACAGCGGGGGUGAAGACCUACCUCCAUCAGUCUUUGUCAUGACAAAAGCCCCAUCGUGGACAACAGCUACAAUACCAUACCCCGAACCGACUGAAGUUGCCAGCGAAACAGAGACAGAGGAAUAUCCACCCGACACUCUGACAUAUUCAUCAACGUACGGAUGGAGAUAUAACCCAGACUACACAUACACAACCACACCCGAAAACACCUACACCUACGAAUGGGAAGACUCGGACAUAGAUACAGAUGGGGGCGAUAUCGGCCCUGCCGGUAUCUACAUUUGGUUGCCAGUUGUCCUUGGCACAUUCAUCGUCUUUGGUUUAAUAUUUAUCUGUUGUUGCCGCAAACCACCGCCAGCGCCAGAAGCACCACCACCGUACGAUUUUGAGGGGAAAGACGCGGGAAAGACAAACACUGAUAGGCCAGAGGUUAUUAUCUGUUAG